CCAUCUUCAUCUUCAUCAACACCAGUCGCUGGCAGCAGCAGAGCGCCUCGACGGCGAAAGAGCAGGCGUUCGCAAGGGCCCCAGAAAUCCGAGUGCGCCCAGAUACUGGACUUAGUCGAAUGAAACCACAUCAUCAAGUAUCCAUCAUAGACACCGACUCCCCUCCCGCCACUCCCCCCCGCACCUCAGACUCCUUCGAGGAGAUCGACUACCCACAACCACAUACGUCUUACUCGACUUGGACCCAGCCUAGGAACGAGGAAGAAUUGCCGCUGAGCUACAUGACGGAGGACACCGCUGCUCGACGCAGGGUACCGCGCGGGCCUAGCGCACUCGCGAAGGACGGCGCGUACGAUGGUCAGGAAAAGAAUUGGGAGUACGACGAUGAGGGGAAGGACGUGUACGCUAAGGCUGGCCCCGCUGCUGCUCGUAUGAGCAGUGGUCGUCCUGCAAGGCGAGGGCCGCCGCCGCCUCCAACAACAAUCCGCGAAUUCUUCGAACAAAAUCUCGAACAUGUCCCUCCUAUCAUCUACACCCUCCUUUCAUGCUGGACACGCUUCCACAAAAUCGGACAUUCCGGCGUCGUCGUCUGGGACGAGGCUCACUUUGGAAAGUUCGGCUCGCACUACCUCAAGCGCGAGUUCUACUUCGACGUGCAUCCUCCUCUGGGGAAGAUGAUCGUCGGAUUCGUCGGCCUGCUCGCGGGUUAUGAUGGCCAUUUCGACUUCAAGAGUGGAGGUGUUUAUCCGGCGGAGGUGCCGUAUGUCGCGAUGCGUGUCAUGAUGGCCAUGUUUGGCGUGUUGAUGGUCCCGCUGGGGUGGUAUACGGCAGUCGAGUUGGGAAUGACGAGGAGGGCGUGUCAUUUGGUUGCUCUGAUGGUUCUAUGUGAUGUCGCCUGGCUGUGUAUAUCUCGAUUCAUUCUUUUGGAUUCAAUGCUUCUCUUCUUCACCUUCACCACGGUCUUUUUCCUCACGAAAUUCCACAACCAACAAUAUCAGCCAUUCUCGGUAGAUUGGUGGUUAUGGCUCGGCUUGACAGGGCUGUCCAUUGGAUGCGUCUCAAGUAUUAAACUUAUCGGCCUCUUUGUCACGGCCUUGGUUGGUCUGUACACCAUUGAGGAUCUAUGGGAGAAAUUCGGUGACCUUCGAAUGACUGUCCGAACACAACUGUGGCACUGGGGCGCACGAGUGGGGUGUCUUAUCGUCCUACCCAUCCUCGUCUACAUGGCGUCCUUCAAGCUGCAUUUCUUAGUCUUGAACCAUUCCGGUCCCGGAGACGCACAAAUGAGCUCUCUCUUCCAGGCCAACCUCGUCGGAAAUGACUUUGCCAGCAACCCACUCGACGUGGCCUUCGGCUCUCGGUUGACGCUCAAGAACAUGGGCUGGGGAGGCGGCCUCCUGCACUCGCACGUCCAGACUUAUCCCGUCGGUUCGAACCAACAGCAAGUGACCUGCUACCACUACAAGGACAGCAACAACGACUGGGUCAUCUCCCCGAAAUGGGACGAACCCCCCGUCGACCCCCAAGGCGAGAUCCGCUUCCUCGAAGAUGGCGACGUCAUCCGUCUCGUCCAUGCCUCCACCACCCGCAACCUGCACUCGCAUAACAUCGUCGCGCCCAUCUCGAAGCUCAAUAACGAAGUGUCCGCGUACGGAAAUGCUACGAUCGGCGAUUUUCACGAUUAUUGGGUCGUGGAGGUCGUGGACGAUGUGAAGAGGGGAGCGAAGGGGCAUUUCGAGAAGAUCCAUUCGUUGACGACGAGGUUGAGGUUUAGGCAUGAGGCGUCGGGGUGUUAUUUGAGGGCGGCGAAUAAUCCGUUGCCGGAGUGGGGGUUCAAGCAGAUCGAGGUCAGUUGUGAUAAGGAGAAUAAUCCGAAGGAUAUACAUACGUAUUGGAAUGUGGAGAGCCACUGGAAUGAACGACUCCCCGCCGGAAACGCCAAAUUCUACCGCUCGCCCUUCCUCCGUGACUUUUGGCACCUCAACGUAGCCAUGAUGACCUCCAACAACGCACUCAUCCCUGACCCGGACAAGGAAGACAUCCUCGCGUCAAAGCCCACGGACUGGCCUUGGUUGCGUCUCGGAUUGCGCAUGUGUGGUUGGGGCGAUUCGCAGACGAAGUAUUAUCUGCUCGGGACGCCGAUCAUUUGGUGGGGCGGGACUUUGAGCUUGAUUGUCAGUGUUGCGGCGACUGGGAUUUAUGUGUUGAGGAUGCAGAGGCGGUUUGUCGAUAUGGAUGCUAGGGAGUGGGAACACUUCUUGUAUGUCGGGAAGAUCGCGCUGUUUGGUUGGAUUUUGCACUAUGCUCCUUUCCUUGUCAUGGGCCGUGUCACCUACGUCCACCACUACCUCCCGACACUCUACUUCUCUGUCCUCAUGCUCGCCCACCUGAUCGACCACUUCGUGUUCUCCUCCCGCCGACUGAGCGAAAGAACGAAAUGGAUCGUCUUUGGAGUCUGCACCAGCUCGAUCGUGUUCUCGUUCUGGUGGUUCAAGGGCGUGGCGUUCGGGAUUGAUGGGCCCAUCAAUAACCAUUGGGGGCUGCAGUGGCGAGAGUCGUGGAAUAUCUAUGAGCAUCAUUGAGGUGCUGAGCGCGUCGUGGUGGGUUUUGAUUGAAUGAACGAGUUGGGCUGUGAGUGGUUACCGUUGAUGCGUUGACGAUCAGUGUCGUGUUCGAUGUGAUGUGCUUUGUGCUUUGUUCGGAGGAGAGGUAUGCUGUCGAUAAUCACCUUCCUUUAUUACCAUUUCCUCCAUCCGCUUGCGUUUCCGCGUUUCCUCUUCUGCCAGUUUCUGUGCGUGCGUCCUAACCCAACUCCAGUAAGUACUCACAAAUAUAUAGUAUAUAUGACAUGUCAUUCGGAAGGACUCUCAGACUCUCUGGAUUGUAGUGUUCCUCUUAAUUAUUUACAUAGCAGACAAAAUUCAUAGUCGAGUUCGAUUGCUCGUUUGUUCUCCCUCUUGCAUGGGUGAUAUCGUUGUGGAUGUGUCUUGUACAAUAUGGCAUGUCAGUAGUCGUUGGGCCUCUGGAAC